AUGGAAUAUACUUAUUCAGCAGAGGCUGCAGAGGCAGAAACUUACACCAGUAGCAGCACCACCCCAUCAUGUGCCAUGAGAUCAAAGAAGAAAAACAACAACACAAGAAGGUUCAGUGAUGAUCAAAUCAAAUCAUUGGAAACCAUGUUUGAGACAGAGUCAAGGCUUGAGCCUAGAAAGAAGUUGCAGUUGGCAAGAGAGCUUGGAUUGCAGCCAAGACAGGUUGCUAUAUGGUUUCAGAACAAGAGAGCUAGGUGGAAGUCAAAGCAACUAGAGAGAGACUAUGGUAUACUCCAAUCCAAUUACAACAGUUUGGCCUCACGUUUUGAAGCUCUUAAGAAGGAAAAACAAACAUUACUAAUUCAGCUGCAGAAGCUGAAUCAUCUAAUGCAGAAGCCGUUGGAGCCAGGUCAGAGUCUCAUACAAGUUGAAGCAGCAAACAGCAUGGACAGUGAAUCAGAAAAUGGAGGCACCAUGAAAUGUGAGCAUGAGGGAAAGCCAAGCCCAUCAAUGGAAAGAUCAGAACAUGUACAUGGUGUUCUGUCUGAUGAUGACGCUAGCAUAAAGGUGGAAAAUUUUGGCCUAGAAGAUGAACAUGAUCUCUUGAACUUUGUUGAGCAUGCUGAUGGCUCCAUGACUUCACCGGAAGAUUGGAGUGCUUUCGAAUCCAAUGAUCUCUUAGGCCAAACAACCAGUGAUUACCAAUGGUGGGAUUUCUGGUCCUGA